GUGAGGAGCUGGCGAGGACCGGCCGCGGUCAUGGAGAGCCGCCGCCUCCGCCCGCGCGGGACUCGGAGCCAGCCCCGCGCCCCGGGCGAGCCGGGCUGCUGAGGCGGCGCGCAUGGCGGAGCCCUGGCGGAGGACGCUCGGCCGGCUCCGGGAGCGGCGCGGUCCCGGGGCGCUGGAGCUGCGCGCCGACACCGUGGCGGCUUCGCUCUCCGAGGGACGCCCGCCGCCCCGCGGGCUCGGGGGCCCGGGCAUGGAGCAGCCCGCGUGGGAGGCCGGGGUGCGCACAGGCGCGCGGGGUCCAGGGGCUCGCGGGGCUCAGGAGGCCGCCGCUCUGGGCCGCGCGCUCGCCCACGCCAUCCCGGGCCCCGAGGGUAGCAGCGGCGACGACGACGGGGAGGACGAGGGCGCCGACUACUACGAGAACCUGCCCGCGGGCUGCGCGCCCGAGGGGGCGGAGGCGCUGCGGGCCUCGCCUUCCCCAGCGGCGGGCUCCUCCCCGGGGGUGGAGGGCGGCCGCCUGGAGACGGGCAGGCUGCAGACCCAGUUGCGAGAGGCCUAUUAUCUGCUGAUCCAGGCCAUGCACGACCUGCCCCCUGACUCGGGCACGCGGCGGGGCGGACCCGCGGGAGCCCGGGCUCGGGGCCAGCAGCCACCUCUCCCCCACGCCGCAGCCGUGCGCCGAGCCUGCAGCCCCCGAGGCGGCGACCGCCCUUCGCAGCAGGUGUCCCCGCCCCGGUCGCCUCCGAAGGAGUCGGGGGUUGGACGGCCGCCGAGUCCUCGGAUGAGGCUGUCCAGUUGCAGGAGUCUCGAGAGCCUCCGCGUCAGCCCCCAGCCGCCUCUGCUCCAGCGGUGGGCGAGCGACAGCUGGAUCCCGUGCGGUGCGCACAGGGACAGGGACGAGCUCCCGCCACGUGGAGGUGGGAUGGACGGCUGGAGCCGGGGCAGCCACUCGGCUGCUGCCUCCGCCGCCCUCCUGCCUUCCAUCUGCCAGGACCCGAGCCGGUCCUCGGUGCGUCCCUAUAGGGAUCUUGCGGUGACCUCUGGGGUAUCCAGCAGCCAAGAGGAUCGUCCCGAGGGGCCUCCCCUCCUCAAGCCACCCGCGGUGACAGUCAAGAAGCUGCAGAGGUGGAUGUACAAAGGACGCUUGCUGUCCCUGGGGAUGAAGGGUCGUGCUCGUGGGACAGCACCCAAAGUUCCCGGAGCUCAGGCAACCUCUCCAAAUUUGGGCAGUUGGAAAGUGCAUGAAAACCACGUCCUCUCGAUGACCGCGGACCAAAGACUCACACUGACAGACUUAUUUGAAAAUGUCUAUGGCUCUCCCUCGAAGAGAAGAGAACCUGAAGACGUAAAGGAUAAUGCGGAGCUUAGAGGUCACCAGCCGCUUAACCACAUCACCGUUUCAAAGAAACGCAAUUGGCUGUAUCAGAGCACCCUGAGAUCUCAGAGUCUGGAAGAGAGUAAGCGAUGUCAAGACAGAAGGAAUUUCUGCCUCUCCCCCGUGUCUGCCCCCAAACGUGGGUCAUCGCAGCCUUUCCGUAAGUCCCCCCAGGACCGCUGCACACAUGGGACCUGUGACGCUGCCAGCUCUCCAGUGUCGGGAACCUGCUCGUUAGACUUCAGCGAGGAUAACGAUGCUGAUGACGAAGGAGAAAUAUGGUACAACCCCAUCCCCGAGGAAGACGAGCUGGGCAUAGCAAGUGUCUUGAGUCUUGAGGAGGCGAAUGCUGCCACAGUGAAGCUCUCUGCUCUCAGUGUGAACAUGUUGUCUGCUAGAGACCUGAGGAAGGCUGAGCCUCCUGGUGAAGAGUUGCCGUGUCCUGCCCAUUACCACACAGGUGAUGUCCAGACCACACACUCAAAUGGAAUUCAUCCUGUCGAUUCCGUCCAUUCUGCAGGAGGUAGGCAGCAGUUCAGGCCACGGUCACGACUCAGGACACAAGACGGCAUGAUGGCAGAGGACAGCCCGGUGUUGAGAUCUGCUUUUACAGGCCCUGGGAUCUUAGUUCCUACCAAUAGGACUGAAAUGAGAACUUUGGCGCCAUCUUCUCCAAGCCCCAGCCCUGUGAAGAAAGGCGGUUCCAUGACUUGGUCUUUGCCGGAUAAAAUAAAAUCUCCACGCACCGUGAGGAAACUUUCCAUGAAAAUGAAGAGGUUGCCAGAAUUCAGCCGGAAGCUGGGUGCCAGGGGAGCCUCGCACUACAUAAGCAGUCCGGAUGGUACCCCUUCGUUGUCCAAAUGUAACUGUCGCCAGCUGCCUCAUAGCGUUUCCCUGUCCUCUGGGAACCCAACCAGGAAUGUGAUAAGCCGGUACCAUCUCGAUACCACCGUCUCGUCUCAGCAGAGCUUCCAGAAGAAAGCCACUGGGAGCUCCAAGUAUGCCUGCAAGGGCGGUUACCUCAGUGACGGAGACUCGCCUGAACUCAGAACCAAAUCUAGCAAGCACGCGUCCGAGCACAGACUUGGAAAAGGGAGAGAAAGCACUGCAAGCAGUUGUAGCAAGAAUGAAAUAGAUAUAGACGCCUUUAGACAUUACAGCUUCGCUGACCAGCCCAAGUGCUCCCAGUACAUAUCAGGGCUCAUGAGUGUGCACUUGUACGGCGCAGAGGGCUUAAAGCCACCCCGGCUAGAUUCAAAAGAUGUCUUUUGUGCAAUUCAGGUAGACUCGGUCAACAAAGCCAGGACAGCUUUGCUCACCUGUCGGACGACGUUUUUAGACAUGGACCACACUUUCAACAUAGAGAUCGAAAAUGCGCAGCAUUUGAAACUGGUGGUGUUCAGCUGGGAGCCCACCCCAAGGAGAAACCGAGUGUGCUGUCAUGGUACAGUUGUCCUGCCCUCUUUAUUCAGGGUGACAAAGACCCAUCACCUGGCUGUCAAACUGGAACCCAGAGGCCUUAUUUAUGCCAAGGUGACCCUCAUGGAACAGUGGGAGAAUUCUCUGCAUGGCCUGGAUAAAAACCGAGAAUCAGUCAUGUUUGGUGUUGACAUUCAGAAAGUUGUGGAGAAAGAAAAUGUGGGCUCCAUGGUGCCGCUGUUGAUACAGAAAUGUAUCGUGGAAAUUGAAAGGCGGGGUUGUCAGGUUGUAGGCCUGUACCGAUUGUGUGGUUCGGCAGCGGUCAAGAAAGAGCUUCGGGAGGCUUUUGAGAAGGAUAGCAAAGCUGUCGGUCUGUGUGAAAGCCAGUACCCAGAUAUCAAUGUGAUAACAGGUGUUCUCAAGGACUAUCUAAGAGAGCUUCCUUCUCCACUGAUAACAAAGCAGCUGUAUGAGGCCGUGUUAGAUGCAAUGGUGAAAAGUCCCUUGAAAAUGUCGUCAAAUGGUUGUGAGAACGAGUCCAGUGACUCCCAGUUCGCCGUUGGCCUCCUGAAUUGCUUGCCGGACGUUGAGAAGGCAACCCUAAAGAUGUUGUUGGAUCAUCUGAAAUUAGUAGCUUCGUACCAUGAAGUGAAUAAGAUGACUUGCCAGAAUUUGGCUGUGUGCUUUGGACCAGUGUUGCUUAACCAGAGGCAAGAGACUUCGACCCACAACAACAGAGUCUUCACCGAUUCUGAAGAGCUCGCAAGUGCUUUGGAUUUUAAAAAACACAUCGAAGUUCUUCAUUACCUGCUCCAGCUCUGGCCAGUGCAACGUUUAACUGUCAAAGAACCCACAGACAGCCUGUGCCUGGAGCAGUCAUCUCUGAAUUAUCUGAGGCGAAAGAAAGAGCGACCGUGUGUAUUGAAUCUGAACAGUACGGAUUCCUCGGGGGUGCUGAGGCCAAGGCCGGCCAGGUUAGAGAGUCCACUCCGCAAUCGCUAUGCAGGAGACUGGAGCAGCUGUGGGGAAAACUAUUUUUCAAAUGUGAAAGACAGUUUCAAAGAUUUGGAUUAUGAUGAUGUUCCCUUAGAAGAUGGAGAAAAUAGAGAUUAUUGCAAAGUGGAUGGAGCAGAAGUCAUGAUUGGGCAGCAAAUCCCCAUGUCUGCAGCAUGCACAUUUCAGACGUACUUGACAGUGGAGACGAUUGAGUCCGCGGUGAAUCAGAAAGCUAACCUCAGAGAUCUGCAAGAAAGUAUCGAUACUUUGAUUGGCAAUCUGGAACGGGAGCUCAGCAAGAACAAGCUGAAUAUGAGUGUUUGAGAUUGGGGGCGGGGGUGGCUAAUUUGUGAUGACGUCAUCAAGUUUCAGGUCAAGCCUCUCCAUUUCCUUUCUUAUUCCUCUCAUGACUUUUUUUUUUUUUUUUUUAAUGUUUAAACCUUAAGUUAAUUCCUAAUAAGUUCAUGUGAUUCAAUUAUAAACACUCUUCAUUAAUAGGAUUAUUUUAGUUAAGAACUGUUAGGGGGCAUAAAGGUAACUGGGACUUUGGGGGACAUUUUAAUAAACCUUGCUGGUUGCAUGGAGGAAACUUGGAGGUGUUUCUAAGGAUCAGGGAUGUUAUUUCCCCUCGAGUCUUGGGUGCAUUGUGAGAACUGCUCUUCUGUGGUGGGGACAGAUGUCCCUGCAGAGGACCCUGCCACUCGCCAGGCUGAUUUGCAGUCAGAGUCCUUGUGCAAUGUCAUUUGGUCACAUUUCAUUUGCAAUACGAAUGCUGCUAUAAGAAAACUUUUUAUAAAUGUAAAAUUAUACAGAUAGUGAUGUAUUUUGUAUUAACAUUCAGUAAUUAUUUAAGCUUAUGAAAAUUAAAUAUUUUUAUGACUGAGAAUAUGUAUAUAUUUAUAAGUACAUUGUAUAGAUAGGUUUACAGUGAGGGAAGGGGUUGACUGUAGAAUUCCAUGUAUUUUAAAAACUCGAUGUCACGAGGCCAAAUUUACUAGCUUAAAAAUGUGUUCUUCAGGGAAAGAUUAAGUUAAAAGACAGGUUACAUAAAAACCACUUGAGUAAAAGCACACUAGAAAUGUUUAAGCAGAAAUGUUAGCCUUUCCACUUUGCUCCAUAGACGCAGUAUCCCUGGGAAAAGUCACACUUGAGGCCGAAGCCUUCAGCUACUUAGGGAUCAAGCAGCUGCACUCCUGACUGACAGAAACGUCCCCUGUCCUGUGCAUUUUUGUCUUCUGUUAUGCUUCAAGUAUUUAUUGGUAGUGGUACGCUUAAGAUGUUGACUUCGUAACUGCCAUUGCUUCUAAAGAAGUCCUCUUGCCAGGAUACUACCUGUUAAAUUUUUUUUUUUUUUUUUUAAAUUAACUUAUUUUGGCUAAGAACAUCUAUGGGAUAGUUGUUACAGAAAUCAUACUGGCAUUUGAAAAAUGUAAAUUUAGAAAGCCUUUAAAAAUUAAAUUGCAAUGUGUUUAAAAAGAGCUUUUAUACUUUACAGAAUGUGUAAUUUUAAGAGUGUGAAUGCAAGUUGAGUUACCAAGUUUAAAGUGUGACAGGUUUCUUAAUGUUUUCCUAAAUCUGAAAGUAUUUAAUGUAACAACCUCUUCUAUGUCAUACACAUAACAUCCAGAUAUUUAAUUUGAAAGCCACUAGUAUAAAGAAAAAUAACUAUUUUUAUAUGAGACUUUCAUUUUUUUUUAAACUUUGUGUAACAAAUACCAGAGACUAUGCAAUGGGUAAUAUCAUGAGUAAACAAAGUAGUUUUAAAUGUUUUAUAGGGAAAAUAUCUCUGUUUUCUUCCUUUUGUGUCAUGUACACUAAAUAAAUCAAGUAAGUGGCUCCAGAACUAUAACUUUUAUUAAAAUAUUUUAACAGUGUCA